UCGCUUAAACGGGCCGCCUCAUUGGGAAACCAAAUACGUACUCACAUCUUCCAGAUAAGAUUCUACCUUGAAGCGACUAAAAUAUCUUCAUUCUUCACUUCUCGAAGCCAUUUCUGAAUUUCAAACUGUUCAUUCAAAAGAUGUUGCAGAAUGCAAUUUUGAAUUAGUUUUCGAUUUCGUCAUCAUAAUCAUCAUCAUCGCUAUUAAAGUUUAGCAAUGAGUUUUCAAGCUCCACUUCAUUGCAAUUCUCCGUCUCUUUCACAAUGUAUAUCUUGCUCUGUCCUCCGUUUUCAGCCUUUAAUUGCUGUUUCGUCUUUGGAUUUUUCUCGUAAAAUUCAGCGUUGUCGUUUGAGAUUACUCUCGUUUUCCAGGUUUGUGAAUCGAAGAAAUGUCGAAUUCAUAUGUCGAGUUGGUGAGACUGAGAUUGAACCUGAUGGCAAUGAUGAUAAGGGAAAAGAUAAGUAUGAAGGCAGUGAAAGUGUGGGGUCGAUAGAUGGCAGUACAGAGAAUGAUGGAUUGGAAAAAGAGCAGUUAUCCGCAGAGGUUCUAAGUUCAGACAACAAUGACUUGGGAAACAAUGAUAUCAAAAUGAAUGUUGAAGGUGGUACGCAACAGGAUCCCAGUAAUUUACAAGUUGCCAGUGGCUCACCUCUUCCAGGUCUGAAGACACAACAACUGAAUGAAGCAGAUAGGAUUCCGAAAGAGAAAAUUGACAUACUUAAAGAUCAAGUAUUUGGUUUUGACACUUUCUUCGUAACAGGGCAAGAACCAUAUGAGGGUGGAGUAUUAUUUAAAGGAAAUCUACGAGGGUUAGCAUCUAAAAGCUAUGAGAAAAUAUCAAAAAGGAUGCAGGAUAAAUUUGGAGAUGAAUAUAAACUUUUUAUGCUUGUUAAUCCUGAAGAUGAUAGACCAGUUGCAGUGGUUGUGCCUCGGAAAACUUUGCAACCAGAGACAACAGCUGUUCCAGAGUGGUUUGCUGCUGGAGCUUUUGGAUUGGUCACUCUUUUUACCUUACUACUACGAAAUGUUCCUGAACUACAGUCAGACUUGUUAUCAAGUUUUGAUAAGCUUGAGUUAUUGAAGAAUGGUCUUCCUGGUACACUUGUGACCGUGCUUAUUUUGGGAGUACAUGAACUUGGACAUUAUAUAAUUGCAAAAGACUGUGGAGUGAAGCUUGGAGUGCCAUAUUUCAUCCCGAGUUGGCAGAUAGGCUCUUUUGGUGCCAUCACAAGGAUUAUCAAUAUUGUACCUAAGCGCGAGGACUUUCUGAGGGUUGCUGCAGCAGGACCUCUAGCUGGAUAUGGUUUGGGUCUUGUACUAUUCCUAUUAGGUUUCAUUUUACCACCUAGUGAUGGCCUUGGCAUAGUUGUUGAUCCUGCUGUUUUUCAUGAAUCAUUUCUUGCUGGGGGCAUUGCUAAACUUCUAUUAGGAGAUGUCCUCAAAGAAGGACAAGCAAUAUCGCUUAACCCACUUGUCAUAUGGGCAUGGGCUGGGCUGUUGAUUAAUGCCAUUAACAGUAUUCCAGCUGGAGAGCUUGAUGGUGGGCGUAUUUCGUUUGCCAUAUGGGGAAGAAAGGCCUCAGUUCGGUUAACAGGCGCCUCUAUUGUGCUUCUUGGACUCUCUUCAUUGUUCAACGAUGUUGCAUUCUACUGGGUAGUUCUUAUAUACAUUUUACAAAGAGGUCCAAUCGCUCCACUUUCUGAAGAAAUAAGCGAGCCUGAUCAAAAGUCUGUUGCUCUGGGAAUUGCUGUUUUACUCCUCGGACUUCUUGUAUGCUUGCCCUAUCCCUUUCCAUUCACAAACGAAGCCAUUACAACAUUCUAAGAACACCGGUGGAGUGCGCGAAACACUUGCUAGCGAGAUGAAUUGUGAAUUUUAGUUUGCUCGUCUCCGAAUACAAUUGUAAUUGAUAGCAUCACAGAAAAUUUUGUUGUAACUUUAUCACCGUCCCACGUACCACAUUGUUUAAAAGAUUAUACAUAUACUAUGGCCUAUGGGGAAUUGGGGAUUAUGAAAUCUCAAAAUAAUGAAAUUCAUGUAAUUGGAAUUAGUUUCAGAUCAUUAAGUGUUCUCUUCUUUUUGGAACAAUGGUGCUUGAUAAGAGAUGACAUUUUCCAGUGUUUUUUCCGAA